AUGACAGCUCCAGGCAAGUUUGUGCCAGCAUCUCCUGGAUUCAACAUAGACUUUCUUGCUUGGGAUACUCCAGAAAAACCAGUGAUGCUGUCUCCGACGGCUCUACAGAAUCCUUCAUCUGUGUAUUCCAAGAUGCCAACAGCAGCACCACCUAGUGGUAAGAUGUUGUCACAACAACGUACUGCUUUGAUGGACUUUUAUUCUCAAUCAGCAUUUAAAUCUCAUCAACCAGAUUCAAAUCAGCUUCCGCUGGACUUGAGUAAUAGUGAUGGUAACAAAUCAGUGUGCAACGAUAGCUUUUUCUCACCUCCAACACCAAAGAGCAGCCUACUGAAAAAUGUUCCGGCACCUUUGAUGUAUUCACCUGGACCAAGGCCAAUCAACUCUAUGUACAGUAGUGUGUACCUUCAACGACUUCAGCAGAAUCCAAUGUUUCAGGACCUACAGAGACUCCUGGUGGCAGAAUGUGAGAACUAUCAUGUCCCUACCAAUCUCCUGAAAAUGAGUUCACCGUGGGUUGGUAUUCCUCACUCAACAACCAAAUUUGACCUUGGAAACCAGGUAUUUACGCGCCACACCAGCAUCCAAGACCGAAUGAAGAAGAUGCGGGAGGAUAAUGCUUUAAGACAGGAUGUAGGGAAAUUAUCUGCUUAUUAUAGUUCAGAGGUUGGUUCAAUUGAGGUGGCUCGAUACCAAGCACUCUGUGCAGCCUCAGUUUCAGAACAUGCCACAAUGACUGUCAACAACUGCUUUGAUGAGAAAAGACUGAAGUUGAUAAACCACAUCCACUCUGAGCUGGACCUUCUUAUAAAGCCACGUAGAUGUAAUGCUUCCAUCUGUUCAAAUGGAUCUAGUCCAGACAAUGACAGUUUCAGCAGUCAACAAGGGGGACAACUCUUCAACACAAGUACUACUACAAACAGCAGCACACCAGACCUAGAGGAAAUUCUGUGUCAAGGGAGUGAACAACAACAGGUGCGACCAAGACCUCGAGCCAUUGUAAAUUCUGAUUUAGCUCAACAUGUUGGAACUACAGCUAGACAACUGAAGUUUGGUGAUAUUUCCAAGGAAACACACUUUGACAAUCCGAGCCCUGAUAUGUGUCGACCGUUGUCAACAGUUUCUUGUGUAUCAACUGGAAGUGCAUUUUCCUCUGAUUCUGACAUUGAUGUCUGUGACUUUAGUGACAGCGAUGUUGUGUUUCACCAGAGUUCUAUAACACCAGAUGAGGUUUGUUUUCCUGUAUAUAAAAAUAUUAAAGACAUUUGCCCACAGACUCAUGUUUCUCUUCAGAACCAAUGUGCUGUUGCUAGACAGAAUCAGAACAAUACUUCAAGCUUUCUAAUGGACCAGGUACAGAAUGAUCUGAAGUGUCGAGACAAUGUCUCCAGUUGUAAUGAUGAAUCUCCUCAGUGUGACAAUAGUGAUUGUGUAAACAAACCUCUUGAUAUUUUCGCCAUGGCUACCGCCGAACUUGACCUUCCGACCUCUGGAGAGAUUACAGAUACAGGUGAGAAGUUAGUUAUUGAUGAGUCAAGAAAUAACUGUGAGGUCAGUAGCACGACUGAUCCACCCCAGCAAAAUGACCAUCCAAAGGUGCAGACAAUGAUUGGCCGGAAUCGAUGCUUGACCCCUGAGGCCACAGUGAUUUUGACCAAAUGGUAUGAGGAGCAUAUUUCCUACCCUUACCCAUCUGACUUUGAGGUGCAGCAGCUGUGUGUUUCCUGUGGAUUGACCAAGACACAGGUCAAGAAAUGGAUGGCCAACAAACGUGUCCGUACAUACAACACCCUCAGCAUCACAGGAAACCAACAUCCAAUCAAACGCAAGUUUAAACGUGAAGGUGGUAAACCAGCAAAUGCAUUUGUGAAACCAAACUACCAACAACUAAGUACAGAAGCAAGGCAGAUUUUGAAUCAGUGGUACGAAAAUCAUUCGGAGAACCCCUAUCCUUCCGAGGAUGAAAAGGUGAUAUUAUCACAAACAGCCAAUAUCACGCUAGCUCAGGUACGCUCAUGGUUUGCCAAUAAGAGGAGUCGCGCCCAUAACACUCGACGACAGGUACCCAACUACUUCAUCAACAAGUUCCCAGAAUAUUCUCCCAUUGUACACAUGGUGAGCAUGCAUCGUGAAGAAGCACGACGUGGUGGACGGAGACAACGGGCUAACCAUAUGUAUGCUCCAUAUUAA